UCCACAAGAACUUCACUUUCUUCGAUUUUCAUCUAUAGCUUACAAAAUUUUUGUACUUCUCUACAGUUUAAUUUUCUUGCUUAAAAUUGUAUAAUCACCUUUUUCUUGGAUCAGAUCUUAGGUUUAUCAAAUCUUUGUAAUUACUUCUUCUUCUAUGGAUGAAAUUGAAAUUCCAUCCUACUUUCUCUGCCCCAUCAGUCUAGAGAUUAUGAAGGAUCCUGUUACGCUCUCUACCGGUAUAACAUAUGAUCGGGAGAGCAUCGAAAAAUGGCUGUUUUCUCAGAAUAAUAAUACUUGCCCGGGAACAAAGCAAGUGGUUAUGGAUUCAGAGUUGAUCCCAAACAUUAUUCUCCGGCGGUUUAUCCAAUCCUGGUGCACCCUCCAUGCUCCAGAAGGCAUCGACAGGCUCCCAACCCCGAAAGCUCCAAUCAGUAAAUCCCAACUUUUGAAGCUUUUCAAUGAUGCCAACUCUCCAAACAAGCAACUGAAGUGCUUACAGAGACUCAGAUCCAUUGCUUCUCACAACGAAACGAAUAAAAGAUGCAUGGAAACAGCAGGCACGGCUGAGUUCUUAGCCUCGUUAAUCGUGAAGAAAACCGUAGAGUCAUCUUCAGCAGAAGUAUCAGAAGAUGUGAUUGAGUUGAGAAGAGCAAGUGAUGAAGCCUUGAGCAUUCUCUAUAAUCUCCAUCUAUCGGGAUCCGGGCUAAAAUCCCUCUUGCAGAAUAAUAUCGAGUUAAUCCAGUCCUUAACGAGCGUCAUGCAAUCCGGGAGCUAUGAUUCUCGUGUCUAUGCUGUCAUGUUUCUGAAAUCCGUGUUCGAAGUGGCUGAUCCAAAUCAAUCGAUCAGUCUCAGACCCGAAUUCUUCCACGAAUUAGUAGAUAUCUUGAACGAUCAAAUCUCUCGGAAGGUCUCAAAAGCCACACUGAAAGUUCUUAUCAAGGUAUGUCCAUGGGAAAAAAACAGGAUUAAAGCAGUGGAAGCUGGAGCAGUGCCCUUGUUGAUUGACCUUUUACUCGAUUCUUCUGACAAAAGGGCUUCCGAAUUGAUGCUUAUGGCGCUGAAUUUGCUAUGCAAAUGCGCUGAGGGAAGGGCGGAACUGUUGAAUCACAGUGCAGGAUUAGCCAUUGUUUCGAAGAAGAUUCUUAGGGUUUCAUCUACAGCAAAUGAGAGCGGAAUAAGAAUUCUACAUUCGAUAUCGAAGUUCUCAGCAACUCCUGGAGUUUUACAAGAAAUGUUGCAGAUUGGAGCAGUGGCAAAAUUGUGCCUGGUACUGGAAGUUCUGGAAGUUUUUGAUCGAGGAUCAAAGACAAAGGAGAGAGCCAGAGAAAUUCUUAAAUUUCAUGCAAGAGCAUGGAGGAAUUCUUCGUGCAUACCCGCGCCCUUGUUAGCUUCAUAUCCAUCUUGAGGUGGAAUUAUAAUUAGGCAUAAAAAUAAUUAAUUUAGUUGCAUAAAUAAAUUUAUGUUCAUAUAGUUUGAAUUUUGAUAUGUUGAGGAACAUAUAUAUGGCAGAAAAUACUCAAUUUUAUAAAGAGUUAUUGAAUCAACUUGAACUCUUUGGAAAGUAGAAUUUUAGCUGGAAAGGUUCAGCUUCUUUUUCAUCAA